GUGGGGGAUGUCAGUCUUAGUCAGUCCAGCCUCCAGUCAUGCGUGAUUGUUCAGAGUUGUUUAGUGAGUGAACGCAAACAGACUAAAGUCGCUGUGCUCGUGUGAAGAACAUGACAGGGGAGAGUUGAAAGUUAAUACUUUUUUUUUUUUUUUUUAUCGGCGCCGUCACCUUUUUGUUUUAUUUUUCUUCUGUCUUUGACUUUGUUACUUAAGAAGCCAUGGAGCCGAUAACAAAGUGGACGCCAAAACAAGUUGUCGACUGGAUGAAAGGGUUGGAUGACAGCUUGCAGCAGUAUAUUAGUAACUUUGAGAGGGAAAAGAUCAGCGGAGAACAGCUAUUAAAGAUCACUCAUCAAGACUUGGAGGAGCUGGGCGUUGCAAGGAUUGGACACCAGGAACUGGUCCUGGAGGCCGUCGACUUGCUUUGUGCUUUGAACUAUGGAGUGGAAACAGAUAACCUGAAGAAUCUCGUCGUGAGGAUGAGAGCUGCCACCAACAGUCUUCACAUCGCUACAAAUGAUCGCAGAAAAAGCCCCCCAUCUGAGGGAAGCAUGUCUCGCAAGCCACCAAAUGACUUCCUAACCUCUGUGGUGGAGCUGAUUGGUGCUGCAAAGAGCCUCCUAGCUUGGCUUGACAGGACGCCUCUCACAGGGAUCAGUGACUUCACAGCUACCAAGAACAAGAUCAUACAGCUGUGCCUGGAGUUGACCACCACAGUUCAGCAGGACUGCAGCGUCUAUGAGAUGGAAGAAAAGAUUCUGGAAGUUUCCAAGACUUUGAACAACAUCUGUGACCAGACCGUGAGAACCACAUCGGACCCCCUCAUGAGCCAAUCUGCCUGUCUGGAGGAAGUCCAGCUGACCAACAUCAAACCAGGCGAGGGGCUGGGAAUGUACAUCAAGUCGACGUACGAUGGUUUGCAUGUCAUCACUGGCACUACAGAGCAUUCUCCUGCAGACCUUUCGAGAAAGAUCCAUGCAGGGGAUGAAGUGAUUCAGGUCAACCAGCAAACAGUGGUUGGCUGGCAGUUGAAAAACCUUGUUUUCAAACUGAGAGAAGACCCCAAAGGCGUGGUCCUACUACUGAAGAAGAGGCCGACAGGAACGACAAGCUUCACCCCCGCCCCGCUUAAGAACAUGCGCUGGAAGCCCCCCGUACCUCAGAAUAAUUCCUCCCUGAUCCGAUCCCAGUCCCCCUCCAGUUCAGCUAAUGGAUCCACUAAAAAGGAGAAGCCAGCUAUUAUGGACUUGUACAUUCCUCCACCGCCUCCAGUGCCGUACACUCCACGUGAGAUGAGAACAGACUCCCUCUCCAGCAUCAGUAAAAGACCAAAGGGCUCUGAGUCACCCAACUCCUUCCUGGACCAGGAGAGCAGACAACGUACCACCAUCACAGGUUAUGACAAGUUAAACCCCGGAUGUCCCAUCGAAGCCACCGUAAUCCAGCCCAGAAUGAGGGAGCACAGGGCUUCACGUGGUAAGCCGAGGCCACUGUCGAUGCCAGCAGACACUUGUGUUGCAGUAGUGGACACAUACGCCAAGCCCUGGGCACAUGGCAGAAAAGGCGAGGACCUGCUGUACAGAUACCUCAGCAACGAGCGCAUUCCCACCAUUGCCGAGGAGGUCCCGUCGGCAUCCUCGCCCUACAGGCCUGCGAGGGAGCGUCAGCUCGUCCGAGUGGACCGCAUCCGACACAGCUGCUACUAUUCCAACUCGGACCUCCACAACAGCGCCACCAUCCCCUACCAGGAGGACAUGAAAAAGGCCCCCGUAAGCCCCAUCUCAAAGCGCACCCCGGCAGAGCGCUCACUACUGGAACAUGACUGGUUCUCUAGCAGGGACUUCCUGAACCGAUACAACCAACCUCACAUGCGAUCUUGGUCUUUCUCACAAGCAGAGCAGAGAAAUCAAGGGCAUCAGUCACUUUUUCCCACACAGAUAAGAAAACAUGCACACUCUCUCAGAGAUGCACUCCACCAGAGUGGAAGAAAGAAGCGUGACCUACCUCAUGUUGUUAGCAACAGGCUAAUUUAGUUCUUGGUUUUUUUUUUUCCUAAAUUAGAAUUUGCGGCAAUAGUUUAACAGAUUUGUGCUUUUAAAAUAAUACACAUCUGGGUUCCUACACGAUGUGGGAUUUAACUCAGGAUUUUCCAGGGCUGGAUAAAUGGGGGAAUAUGAAAUGUAUAAAAUAUUUGUAUUUUUGCACUCAUGUCUGUCCGUCCUCAAUAUUUAAAUCCAGAGCACUAUUGGAAUAUCAACAAUGUCACAGAAAACCUUGGUAUUUGUGCUUUGAAAAUUGUCCAGAAAGGUCAGGGAACAUUGUUAGAACCCCUGCUACUGCGUUAGCCAAAAGCAACAUCCAAAACUUAUUUACUAAAUGUAUUUGGAUAGCUUAACGUGAGUCUUCUUUCAUCAAUAAAGACAGUUAUGGUGGAACAGACAUUUUUCAUGCUCUGAAAUAUAACAUUGUUAAAAACUCAAAAAUAGAUUUAUUUAUUUAUUUAAUUGGGUUGCUUAUAGCUGCAGAUUACAAUGGAAACAGUCUUUUUUAAAGGUCCCCACUUCUUGAAGUACAGGUUAAUUAUUUGAGUCAGAAUUGCACGAGAAUUGCAUGAGUGUUUUACUGAGGUUUCUACACACACAAAAAAAAAAAAACUACUGUCAGUUCCUCAAUGCACAUACCAUUCACAAACCUUUGCAAAUACUAGAUACGCUGCACACACGGUCACUAGUGGAACGUGAACAACACACUUGUGCAGAUUUGUCAACCAGUUGUGAUUUGUUGUUGCACAAAGUCUGUCUCAGCCUUUAACAAGGAAAAAUUGCAUUUUCCUGAUAGCUUUUGUUUAAAUGAGGAAUGUUUAGCACAAACAAAAUACUUUUCUUUCUUUUUUUUUCUGUCAUUCAGUGGUACAUUUGCACACAGGUCAAAAGCCUCUCCCUUCCCCAUUUUUCUCUCCAUGUGAGUUCCACCUGCCGAAUAGUGGUUACUCUGUCUGACCCCCUCUCAAUCAUGCACUCAGUUUCUGGGUAUCAACUAAGGGCCAUGACGGUUCUCAGCAUGAAUCACGGUGAGAGAUGGAGAUCCACGGUGGUGUGACCAAUCCUGUCAAGGCCCGAGGCUUUUGACAUGAGUCACAGGCAGCAUUACCUCUCUUCCACCUAAACACAGACAAACAAUCUAAAAUUAACUUAACUUAGAGUUACUAAUGAAGAUGAGAAAAGCAAAGAAAUAAUUGGGAGAAUGCUGCAGUUGGAGACUGGGGGACAAAACAACGGAAAGUGUCUCUCGAUAGCCACUUCAGACCACUUCUUAAAUUCAAAAACAAGUGGAAGAAAGGGAGGAAAAAAAAGAGAGGAGGCUGGCUCUCUGUCUUCUUCAGCACAAAUGUAAGUGAGACCUUAAUAAUGCUGGAAUCAGAAAUGUUUUUCCCAUCCCAGCAUAGGGAACGUACUGUAGGCCAGAAUAUCCAUGCUUCUGCACACAGUUCAAGCAGCGAUGUUGUGGCUACAACUCACUCCUACUGAAGGCAGUGAGGAGUAAUGAAAGGCAGGACACAGAUUCCCACAGUGCUAACCCAAAAAAACCUAAAAAAAAAAAACAAAAACAAAAACAUAUUUUAUUUCCUGAUUCUUCCUGGAGAAGAAUCAUAAGAUGAUCUUAUGUCAACUUAGCUUAGCAGUAAUUUCGAAGCACCCUUCUGACUCUUAUGACCUUAACACUACGAGACAUUUCAUUUCAGACCAAUCUCUCUUUAAUCAUAAAGUCUAAUUGAUGACAGUAGAAUAAACCAAUUCAGAUUAAAUUUCAAUUGGUACGACACAAUAAAGUUCGGCAUUAUAAAGAGACUCAUUUUUAGUCCAGUUCACUCUUUUUUGAAGAUAUCGAAUAGUGGGGACCUCGCGACACCCAGUGGUAACAAGCUGUAACUGCUAGUUCACCUCUCCGGGGAGAAAGCAGUUAUUUUGUCUCCCUGGAACAACACGAUAAAAUGCACCUGUAACAGUUAUUAGAAAGAAUACAGCGGGCGGAGAAACCUAAUUUGAAAUGUGGUUAGGGUUACACCCA